AUGGUGACGAUAACUGCAGAAGAAGUUUCCGACAAAUUAGUGUCAGGAUGGAUAGCCCGUUUCGGUGCUCCUAGCAUCGUCACCACCGAUCAGGAGCGUCAAUUUGAGUCGGUGCUAUUUCGGCGACUCAUGGAUUUCUGCGGAGCGAAAAGAAUCCGUACCACCAGUUACCAUCCUUGCGCCAAUGGCAUGGUGGAACGCCUCCAUCGUCAGCUCAAGGCAGCUCUCAUGUGCCACGCUGAUACGUGGACGAGAGCGUUGCCUCUGGUGCUUCUCGGCAUGCGGACAGCUUUUAAGGAGGACAUUAAUGCGUCGUCAGCGAAACUCGUUUUCGGCAAGACCGUCCGCCUUCCUGGCAAGUUCAUUGUUGCUCCCCCUAAACUAAUCAGCCCCGCAGAUACAUCUGAUUUAAUAACGCAAUUGAGACAUGCGAUGGCGUCGAUUCGGCCGGUUCCUGCAUCUCACCAUGACAGGCCUUCGUCUUUUAUAUUUAAGGAUUUGGCGACGGCCACUUACGUAUUUCUUCGGGACGACACGUCUCGAAGAUCGUUGCAACCGCCGUACUCCCGACCUCACCGCGUCCUCGAUAAAAGGGACAAGAAAAUUUCGCUUGACGUCGGCGGAAGGACAGUUUUAAUUACGUAA